AUGCGUUUCAUAACUUAUUUAAGUAUUUUUAUUAUUUUUGCUAUCUUUGCAAUCGAAUUUACAUUAGAAAAAGAAACUCCAGAGUUAAAUGAUUCUGAAAAAGAAAAAGUAGCAGUAGAACUAUUAGCAAAAAUUGGAGCAGAAAUAGAUGGAGAAGUAUCCAAAUAUUUUGAUAAUAUAAACGGAAAUAGUAACUUAUUUAGUUAUAUUAAAAGUUUGGUUGGAAAAUAA